AUGCAGCUGGCUACUACAAUGGACAAGCAGAAGGGGACGAGUAUUGCUUUUGAGACAUUCACGUGGAAAAUUGAAAAGUUCUCUAAACAGAACACCAAGAAACUACGAUCCAAGACCUUCCAAAUCCGAGGUUAUAAAUGGUACUGUCAAAUGGAUUCGAAGUCUAGAGUUUGGCGAAUUCGUUUGUAUCCAUUAUUGAAAAAUGUUGAUCAUUUUUCAUUGUAUUUGAUGGUUGCGGAUUCUUUACCACCGUAUGGAUGGAGCAGAAAUACGUAUUUCAAGUUGUCUCUGAUUAAUCAAUUGGAUGGCAAUAAGUCAGUUACAAAUGAGACUCAGCAAAAGUUCAAUGGUGGAUAUCGUAGCUGGGGCUCAUUUUUCGUGAAACUAAGUGACUUCUAUGAUUGGAGUCAAGGCUAUCUUGUGAACAACACAUGCAUCAUUGAAGCUCAUAUUUGUGUCUCCGAUCAUGGCAUCUUAGAAGCUCACAAUUUGAACAAAAUCACACCAAGUAACAACUCUGAGUUAGGUGAUCAAGGAACAAGAAAUUCAGAAUCCACACAACAGGAAGAUGAUAAGGAAACAGAAACAUCAGAUGACAGUGAGACACUUAGUUCAACAACCUGUGGGUCUAGUCAAACAGAAGGAGAAGUUCAAAGUUCAGAUUUGACGCUAAAAGACCUUCUAGAUUUGGGGAGUUUAGGGAAAGAAGAAGCAGCUUUUGUUCCACUAUUGGAAGAGGCAUGCAUAUGGCAUCCUUCACUGAUAAGGAGCCAGAGGAAAAGUUCUAGAUGGUUCAAACUAUGGGCAUUCACAUCUUUAGGUCAAGUUCUACAUUUACUUAAGACAAAUAAGGUGAAGGAUAUGAAUGAAGAUGCAUGUAAUCGCCUUCAUGGCUUAUGGGAGGAACUUGUUAAGCAUUCAGGAUUUCAAUUGUCUUGGUUGGAGCCUUAUGUCCAAUCUGCAUUGGGUAUGAAAGUUCAUUUGGAGAAAACAGAAGAGGUGAAUAAACUGAAAGACAACGUUGUUACUUUGGAGAUUAAAACGAAGAAGUUGAGGGGAGAAUUGGCAGCUGCAGAAGCUGAGUUUGAGAUAACAAGGAGGGCCUUGGCUGAGGCCAAAAAAGGUUUCAUAGAGUUGGAUUUGAAUGCUGAAUUAGGUUAUGCUAUGUUUUAG